UCCAAGUGAGCGACGUCGUAUUUCUGUUCCACCCCCCACCCCCCACCCCCCCGGUUUCACUUCAUAAACAGACGAGCGGAUGAGCAAGCAAUAGAGUUUUAUUCCGGACCCUGCCGCUGAAAACAUCAUUUCCUCUUCUUCUGUUCCCUUAUUCUUAUUAUUUUUCUUUCUUUAAUCCCUGCAUCCACCCAGACCUUCCCAUGAAUUGGACUGGAAGCAGUCAGGAAGAGAGGAGCAUCCUUUGCUUUGCCCGGACAUCGUUUUUCAUUAAUACUAUUUCGAUUUAGGAAACAAAGCUGAUGGUGUCCUCUAUGGGAUUCUUAUCGACCAGGUAGCUUUGUUUUGGAGAAGAAGACAUUGGACAUCAUGAGUUCCAGUGCUUAUCAACAAAGCUCAACAGGCUCUGAAAAGUGCUCUGGACCAAUCCGAUGCCAGCGAUGUCGUGAGAUUUGCAAAGGAGAGGUGGUCCGGGUCCAAGAAACUCACUUUCAUGUGAAGUGUUUCACCUGCACUGUGUGUAACUGUGAUCUGGCGCGAUCCGGCUUCUUCCAGAAGAAGGGCGAGUACAUCUGUACAGCAGACUACCAGCGUUUGUACGGCACUCGCUGUGACCGCUGCAACAGCUUCAUCACAGGAGAGGUGGUCUCCGCCCUUGGACGCACGUACCACCCCAAGUGCUUCGUCUGCAGCGUUUGCAGUAAACCCUUCCCCAUCGGUGACAGAGUGACGUUCAGUGGCAAAGACUGCGUGUGCCAGCAGUGCUCCCAAACACUUGUCAAGAAAAAUGAACCCAUCAAGAUCCAUGGACCCAGCCCAGACUGUGCGGGAUGUGGGGCAGAAAUCAAGCAGGGUCAGUCUCUCCUGGCAUUGGAGAAGCAGUGGCACGUCAGCUGCUUUAGGUGUCAGACCUGCAGCAUGGUCCUGACAGGAGAGUACAUCAGCAAAGACGGAGUGCCGUACUGUGAAGCCGAUUACCACGCACAGUUUGGGGUGAAAUGCGAGGGAUGCAGCAGAUACAUCAGCGGACGGGUUUUGGAGGCAGGGGGGAAACACUACCAUCCGUCCUGCGCUCGAUGCGCACGCUGCAACAUGAUGUUCAAGGAGGGAGAGGAGAUGUACCUGACAGGAUGUGAGGUGUGGCACCCAUUAUGCAAGCAGGCAGCAAGGGCAGAGAGGAGACUCAGGCACAGACGCCUGUCAGAGACCUCCAUCUCUCCUCCCGGUUCGUCCAUAGGCUCACCCAGCAGAGUUAUAUGUGCCAGAGUGGAGAAUGAAAUCCUAGAUUAUAAGGACCUAGCAGCCCUACCAAAGGUCAAGGCCAUAUAUGAGGUUCAGCAGCCAGACCUCAUACCGUCCUCAAACCAGCAGUACCCCAGUUACUUCACUGAUGACAGGCUAGACACUUACAUCUAUGGGGAGUCACUUGGGACCCUUUCCCCUUAUUCUCAGGAUUAUGACAACAUGGAUGCAAAGCAGCGGCAUUGCUCCAGUCCAGGUUACAUCGAUUCCCCUUCAUCCACCCGUCCAGGCAUGUCACCCAUCAUGCCUCGCUCUCCACAGCACUUUGGCUACGCUGGCUCUGAGAGUGGCAGGAGUUCGCCUUAUUAUGGCCAAGAGGGUCGAUCAAGCACACCCACCACAAACCAGCCCCCUAAACAUUUUCAUGUACCAGCCACAGGGGACCCCAACAUCUACAGGAAGCCUCCCAUCUAUAAGAGAACUGACAAUCUUCUUGAAGCAGCUACUAAAAGCAGGACCAGUGAGGACAUCCUCAGAUCCUCUAGACUGUCCACAUACUCCCCAGAGCCAUACACGCAAUCAGAGGCUGACUACUACCCAUACACCAGCUCUCCCAGGACCUAUCGAGUGCCAAGAAGACGCUUCUCGACGGGAGGAAAUGAAGAGAGUUGGAGUCAGAGUCUUCAAAGAAUUGGGAGUGGCAUCGGGAGGAUGAUCCUGAAGGAGGAGAUGAAAGCCAGAUCUGGUUUCUAUGACAAUGACCCCUGGGGCAGUGCAAGGAAUUCUCGCAGUGGGAGCAAGGAAACCCUCAACACAACAGGCUACAGCACAUCGACCUACAACUACACCAUCAAUGGCUCUCCACGUUCUCAGUACAGCGCUGACAGUGACUUUGUUUGUAAGUCCGCUUCACUACCAGGAUAUGGGCGCAAUGGCAUCCAGCGGCCUCAGAGUGCAGAUUGCUAUCAUUACCAGUAUGAUGAUGGCAGUGAGGUGAACUGGGGAAACAAAGCUGAAUACAAGAUUUACCCCUAUGAGGCGCUCAUUGUCACCACCAGAGGGCGGAACAAGCUUCCAAAAGAUGUAGACAGAGCCAGACUGGAACGCCACCUGUCUCCAGAAGAGUUUGUCCAAGUGUUUGGUAUGACCGUGGAAGAAUUUGACCGGCUGGCCCUGUGGAAGAGGAAUGAGCUCAAAAAGCAGGCCCGACUGUUUUAAUUCCAGACAAGCGUGAAAAACAUAAAGAAAGACUGGACGAACUUUAACUCAGUUACACUGCCAUGCCUGAGAACCCGUUGCAGGUCUCCUAAAGCAACAAACCAAAGUCUGGUCCUGCCAGAUUGGACUUGGACAGAAGGCCACAGAGGCUUUAUGCAGAAUGAACUGGCAGCACAGCUGACUGUGGUUGUGUGUUGGAGUGCAGUGCAAGCAAAAGAGGCUGUCUUACUGUAGUUUUGUGCUUUCUCUCUCGGUAGAAGAAGAUCUUACUGUGCUCCUGUGAGGCCACAAACGUCUGCCUGUGACUAGCACCGCAGAAAUGAAGGUGAUAGGGAGAGUUUUGGCUUUGCCUUAUUUGUUAUGCUCUUUUAGUUAUGACUGUGCAGCACCAGCAAACUGAAUGAGUAGAAUGUAGACACUUUAUCUGCAGGAAUGGAUAGGAAGAAUGAGUGUGGGCUUAAAAAUGAUAUCAGUUUCUUUCUGGUUUGGGAAGCAUUUUACUAUUAUUUCCCCAUCUUGACUUUGUUCUAUGAAGUGUCCUCUCUAGUUUAGAAAAGAAAACCUGAUAUUAAAAGAAAACAGUCUGAAGUGGAUGAAAGCUUUUUUCAGCUGUUUGUGCGACCUGCAUUGAUUUUUCAAAAAAGGAAACCAAAGUGAGGAUGAAAAUCGACAGUUUAAAAAAUAAGGAUUCAACAAGUCAAGGUCAUGAUUAGAUCACUGUGCAGCUGUCAUGGUAACCUGAAAGAAUGUGCAAUCGACUAGACUUGAUAGAAAACAAACAGCAGCUCUGAUGUUUUCUACACAUUGCAAUAGAAGGAUGACUCUGAGUGAGCACUGCUCCCAUCCGUAUAUUUUCAUUCACUCUCGUUUUUAUUCUGUCAAAAUGCUGUUUCAACAAUUUUGUAGCUACAGAGAUUAUUUUUUUCUUUGAACGAAAUGCUCUUUGAGGCAUUUAGAAUCCCAGAUCCAGGAUUGAUGUAGACUUGACUUCAUUUGAAUACUUUUCUUUUCAGGUUUUGUCACAAAAAUAAAAGCUCAAUUGAAACACU